AUUAUAAAAAUGAUGAUGAUGAACAUGACGAUGAUAAUAAUAAAUGUGAUGAUGAUAAUGAUAAACAUCAUAAGAACGAUGAUGAUGACCAUGAUGAUGAUAAUGAUAAACGUAAUGAUGAUGAGCUUAAGGAUGAUGAUGAUUCUACUGUGAAGUCUGCAAAAGAGUAUUCGUUACUCUUCAACAACUACAACAACAUCUACAAAAUCAAAUACAUAUCGAAAA